UAUUUAGUAAUUACUAAUUACAUUAUAAACAAUUUUCAAGAAGUUCCAUUUUAAAUUUUUUAUCUUCCUGCAUGGGUCGUGUAUUGCAGUUUGUUAAGAUUUAUUUAUGUCUUGAUGUUGUUAAGAAUAACCUUAUGCUGCUGUGCUGCCUUCCUUUAAAAGUUUAGUCCUCUAACCUCCGAAUUCAAUGACCUAUACUUUGAAUUUCCAAAUAAAUAAAGUGAUAAAAUUAACAUAACUAAAGUCCAGUUACGAUGCAGUGUCAACUAUGGAUGGGCAGUUUGGAGCCGAAUAUGACAGAAAGUUUUAUACUAGCGGCUUUUCAUAGAAUGGGCCAGAGGCCACUGACGGUGAAAGUGAUGAGAAAUAAAUAUACUGGAGAACCGGCCGGUUAUGCUUUCGUACAUUUUCAGACAGAUGAAGAAGCAAUUGAUACAAUGCAUAAAUUGAAUGGCAAACCAAUACCUGGCACAUUUCCUGUUGUUAGAUUCAGACUGAAUACAGCAUCAAGAGAGGCUCGAACCAAUAUGCAACAUGAGAGAGAGUUUUCUGUGUGGGUUGGAGAUCUCAGUCCAGAUGUUGAUGACUAUUCAUUGUAUAGAAUAUUUGCAUCUAAGUAUUCAUCAAUCAAAACUGCUAAAGUUAUACUAGACAACUCUGGCUAUACCAAAGGUUAUGGUUUUGUCAGAUUCGGAAAUGAAGAGGAACAACGAAAUGCAUUGUAUGCUAUGAAUGGUUAUACUGGUCUGGGAAACAAGCCUCUCAAGAUCUGUACAGCAGUACCAAAGCCUAAAAGUGCAUUACCUCCUCAAACUACUACAAAUUCGAGUACAGCAGGUACAAAUGUGCCAUCAUACUCAGCAGGAACGGAGUACAAUCAAUAUUAUGACCCAACAGCAUACUGGCAAAAUUAUUCUGCCUGGUCGGGGUACUAUGGGCAAGGUGAUGGCAGUUCUGCAGCUCAAAAUGCACCAGCAAUGGAUGCUGCACAAACUGCUGCAGUGAAAGCACAAAAUGAUGAUUUGGUUCUUAUUGAUCACAAGAAGACUAUUGACAUAGACCAGCUAAAUGAGGAGUUCCUGAAUACGGAGACAUCAUUAUGGGACUCACUUGAGUCUUCUCAAUGGUUCCCACAUGAGGUCAUUGAGGGCCCAUUAGUUAAUUAGUUUAUUUUCAAUUAGAAUAUAGUACUAUAUUAUGA